UUUUCAAACGAGGAAAGGACAACCUAAAGAACAAUAUCUGCUACUCGGAUUGUAUCUAUUGGGAAUUAGAUUCUUUGGAAUACUUAAACCCACAUUCUAGUUUCCUCCUCCUUUCCUUUUCGUAUUUUCCUUUCUCAAAAACUCACACCCACUCUCACUCGCUCGCAGCCACUCUUCACAAAAAUAAAACUCUUCAUUUUGUCACAGAACGUUUGGGCUUCGUUCACCUCUGUCUGGAUGCAUUUUACCAGUGGGAGUGUAAUUCUGAACUGUGAGAUUUAUGCAUGAUUAAGAUGUCAACUGCACAACCUUUGAAGAAAAUAGCGUCCUGUGUUAUCCUCGAUUUGGAUGGUACACUACUUAACACAGAUGGCAUUGUAAGUGAUGUUUUAAGAGUUUAUUUGGGCAAGUAUGGAAUGCAGUGGGAUGGACGGGAAGUUCAAAAAAUAGUUGGAAAAACACCACUUGAAGCUGCAAGUGCUGUUGUUGAAGCUUAUGGGCUAUCUUGCACAACGAGUGAAUUACUUUCAGAGAUUACCCCCAUGUUCUCCAAUCAGUGGUGCAACAUCAAAGCACUUCCAGGUGCCAAUCGAUUAAUUAAACAUUUGAGUGGUCAUAGAGUGUCAAUGGCAAUGGCUUCAAACUCUCCAAGGGAAAACAUAGAAACCAAAAUUUCUUUUCAUCAGGGCUGGAAGGAAUCCUUUUCUGUCAUCAUUGGCGGUGAUGAAGUAAGAUUGGGGAAGCCUUCUCCGGAAAUAUUCCUUGAAGUUGCUAAAAGGCUUAAUGUUGACCCUUCCAGCUGCCUUGUCAUUGAAGAUUCUCUACCAGGUGUUACAGCUGGAAAGGCUGCGGGUAUGGAGGUGGUUGCUGUACCCUCCAUCCCAAAGCAAUCCCAUCUUUAUACUUCAGCGGAUGAGGUGAUCAACUCACUACUUGAUUUGCAACCUGAAAAGUGGGGCCUACCUCCUUUCCAAGAUUGGAUAAAAGAUACUUUACCAAUAGAACCUUGGCACAUUGGUGGUCCUGUCAUUAAGGGAUUCGGUCGGGGCUCAAAAAUACUUGGGAUCCCUACAGCUAAUUUAUCCACAGAAGGAUAUGGAUCUCUUCUUUCAGAACAUCCCUCAGGAGUAUAUUUUGGUUGGGCUGGUUUAUCUAAACGAGGUGUCUUUAAAAUGGUCAUGAGUAUUGGUUGGAAUCCUUAUUUCAACAACACUGAAAAGACUAUAGAGCCAUGGUUGCUUCAUGACUUUGAUGGGGAUUUCUAUGGGGAGGAACUGCGUCUUAUUAUAGUCGGCUACAUACGGCCAGAGGCCAAUUUCUCAUCCCUCCAGAGCUUGAUAGAGAAGAUUCAUCAUGACAGAAAAGUUGCAGAGGAAGCUCUUGAUCUUCCAUUGUUCUCCAAAUACAAGGACGACCCAUAUAUUAAAAGUUCUACAUAAGGGUGGCCCAGCAAUUUCUCGGAGGCUAGUUUUCCUACGUCAUCGGCUAAAAUAAAUCAAAUUGUACACAUAAUUUUGAUAUUCAUUCAUUUUGAAGUGAUUCUAUGUCACUCUCAUGAAUGUAACGGAUACAAAGUGCCUUAAAUCACAAAUCAUAUUUACUGUUUCCUAAA